GUUUGCAACCUUCUGUGUGAAGGGCUCUAGUAACUGGUAACAGUCACACACUAAGGAAGCCACUGUUGCCAACUAGGAUAUGGCACUGAAUUGUACACCAGGGAAAUUAAUUUUUUCUUAGGGGCUCAGUUACCACAUCACAGUGGGUUUUUAGCCCGUUUUUUCAUAAAGAUGGCAGCCAACAACUCAGUGCUGAACAGACUGGAGCAGAAGGGUGCCGAGGCCGAUCAAGUUAUUGAGUACCUCAAGCAACAAGUUGCUCUGCUCAAGGAAAAAGCUAUCUUGCAGGCAUCUCUCCGAGAAGAGAAGAAGCUGCGUGUAGAAAAUGCUAAACUGAAGAAAGAAAUUGAAGGGCUGAAACAGGAGCUGAUUCAGGCAGAAAUUCGAAAUGGAGUAAAGCAGAUCGCAGUUCCUUCUGGUACCACCAUUUCUACAGCUUCGUUUUCAGAUGAUGUUCCACAACCUACAGCAGUUGUAUCAUCUCCUGGUUCCAAAGAUCAAACUAAAAGUGAAGAUGAAGAAAAAAAAAAGAAGGAAAAAAUAGAAAAAAAAG